AAUCAAACACAGUUUUGGGACUUCGAGAGUGAAAGAGCAAAAGAGUUUGAGAGAGAAUUGGGUUAAGAAUUUUUCAAGAUUGAUCAGCAAAAAUGAUAUGUCUAAUGGUUUCUCAAUCUGGUUUAACUAUGGCCACCAUUUUCUUCUACACCUGCUUUUGGAUCCCAUUUAUGCAGUUCAAAAAAGCUCUAGCUGGAAUAAUCAGUGAUGUUCUGUUUCUCACUGAUAUCUACAAGCCAGAGGAUCAUAAUACUUGCUGCAAUGUAAACCAGUUGAGUCUUCCUGUGGCUAGGUACCAGGAUUUGCAGGCUCAUUGUAGUACCGAAAAGAGUGGACACACUGCCGAAACCUGCUCAGUGUGCUUGGUGGAGUUUGAGGAUGAAGAUGUGGUGAGCCAAUUGUCAAAGUGUGGCCAUGUUUUCCACAUGGAUUGCAUCGAGAAGUGGAUGGAGAGAAAUCACUUCACUUGUCCACUUUGCAGGUCCUUGUUUUUCAAUGUGAAUACUUGUCAUGUAAAAUGUGAUGAUGAUUUUCUUCCACAUUCUUGGCAAUAUUAGUCAGUUGAGAAUUACAAUUAGUUCUUUCUUUCAGAGGGCUGUAAUUGGAGGCAGA